GGGAGAGGGGACCAGGCGCAUGCCGCGAUGCAGCACUACGGGGUGAACGGCUACUCGCUGCACGCCAUGAACUCGCUCAGUGCCAUGUACAACCUGCACCAGCAGGCGGCCCAGCAGGCCCAGCACGCCCCCGACUACCGGCCGUCGGUGCAUGCGCUUACGCUGGCUGAGCGCCUGGCUGACAUCAUCUUGGAGGCCCGCUAUGGCUCCCAGCAUCGCAAACAGCGUCGUAGCCGCACUGCGUUCACGGCUCAGCAGCUCGAGGCCCUGGAAAAGACCUUCCAGAAGACCCACUACCCAGACGUGGUGAUGCGUGAGAGGCUGGCCAUGUGCACCAACCUGCCUGAGGCCCGGGUGCAGGUGUGGUUCAAGAACCGCAGGGCUAAGUUCCGGAAAAAGCAGCGCAGCCUGCAGAAGGAGCAGCUCCAGAAGCAGAAGGAGGCUGAGGGCUCCCAUGGGGAAGGCAAGACAGAGGCCCCAACCCCAGACACACAGCUGGAGACAGACCAGCCCCCCAGCCUGCACAGUGGUGACCCCCCAGCUGAGCUUCACCUGAGCCUGUCUGAGCAAUCGGCCAGUGAGUCAGCCCCCGAGGACCAGCCGGACCGGGAGGAGGACCCCCGGGCAGGGGCCGAGGAUCCCAAAACUGAGAAGAGCCCUGGGGCUGAGAGCAAGGGGCUGGGCUGCAAGAGGGGCAGCCCCAAGGCAGAUUCCCCAGGCAGCCUGGCCCUGGCUCCUGCAGCCCCUGGGGGCGGCCUCCUGGGCCCCUCCCACUCUUACUCCUCAUCCCCGCUGAGCCUCUUCCGUCUGCAGGAGCAAUUCCGCCAGCACAUGGCGGCCACCAACAACCUGGUGCACUACUCAUCCUUCGAAGUGGGGGGCCCGGCCCCCGCUGCUGCCGCCGCCGCCGCCGCCGCCGUGCCCUACCUGGGCGUCAACAUGGCCCCGCUGGGCUCACUGCACUGCCAGUCCUAUUACCAGUCCCUGUCAGCAGCCGCCGCUGCCCACCAGGGCGUGUGGGGGGCCCCACUGCUGCCUGCGCCCCCAGCAGGCCUGGCACCUGCCUCGGCUGCCCUGAACAGUAAAACCACGAGCAUCGAGAACCUGCGGCUUCGGGCCAAGCAGCACGCGGCCUCUCUGGGACUCGAUACACUGCCCAACUGA